AUGAAUAUCAGUAACACCACUGUCAUGCCAAAUACAACUAACUCAAAUUCGAAUAUCUUCACUUUUAUGGGCUAUUAUUGCCUAUUAAUAGUCAUACUCGGUACAAUAUUCAAUCUCUGCACAUUCGCUGUCCUGUGUCGAUCAGUGUUUCGGAAUACUCAGGCUCGUCCAAUGAUCCACUAUAUGCGUGCAAUAGCAAUCAUCGAUUUUCUUGGUCUGUACGGAUGGACUCUCGAUACUUAUUUCAAUACCAUCUAUGGAUUUACACUGAAAAAUUUGUAUACAGUUGCAUCGUGUAAAUUCUCUAUGUUUUUCAACUAUUGGACACUGCAGAUCUCGGCAUGGCUGCAUGUUUUUGUUUGUUUUGAUCGAUAUUUGUUUAUGAGUCGAAUACAACCAAAUACAUGGUUCAAUCGAUCAAAAAGCGUCCUGAUCAUCAUUGGUUGUAUCAUCGGAAUCUUUUUCCUUUCAAACUUCCCGAUUUUAUUAUUCAUUUGUUACAGAAACACUGAUGGACACAUCGUUAUAGACUCUCAACUGGUCAAUAUGCUUUUCAUAUUCCAACACAUACAUUUAUGGAUGUAUGAUUUGAUUCCAUCAACAUUGAUUUUAUUAUUCAAUGUUAUUUCGAUCCGUCAUCUUUACAGACUACGACGAACAACAACCAUAAGGAAUUCGAAAAUCCGUCAUCGACCAAUUACAAUCACUCUCAUCAUCACAAGUUUUCUAUACGUGGUAACACGAACACCGUCUACGGUGGUCUACUCUUAUUUCUCUGAUACUGUUUCUGCAACUCAGUGGGGUCGUGGUUUAAACAUUGCACUCAAUUUGCUUCUAUACACAUUUCCUGUUCUGAAUUUUCCAAUCUAUUUUAUGACAUUCACUGAAUUUCGGCAGAAUUUGCUCAAUUUCAUACGAAGAAGGGUGUGA